AAAGAAGCGUACUUUGGGCAGCAUAGCGAGAGUCCAGAGACGGGCAUCGUCCAUCAUUCACGAACCCGGCACCUGAGUCACCUGACGCACGCAGCACGCCUCAGCCAGCACCGCCGGACGUCGCCAUCUGCUCGCAGACUCUCCGGAGACGCACCCUAGUCCCUAAGCUGCUCUCUGACUCGCCUUCUGCUCCUGCUCCGGUCUGCGGACUACGAACUGCGCAGCUAUGGCUUGAGUGACACAACCAAUUUGGCGUUUCUCCUCUCCUCUCUUCAAGCUCACUGCUUGUCUCCUUCUGCUCAUCUGAGCCAAGGGCUUCGUAAAUUUAGACAACAUAUAGUCAUUUGACCUUAUUGGUUUCAUACCUUAAAGCUACGUCAGAUUUUUGUGGAGAUAGACAGAUACACUGAUAUAGAUUCCACAUUUCCACCACAUCGUGACGAAGCUUCCACAUUUUCUGGAACGUUCCUUCACAGUUUUCUCUACUUUCCGCCAACUUCUGCCUGUUUUGCGAUCACUCCUCUCCAAUGGAAAGCAUAGCUUCGAGUAGCGGAACUUCACCUAACUCUCAACAGCCUCAUGCACAGUCCCUUAAUGAUUGCUUGAGUCUCCUUAGAGGGGGGAGAGACGAGCAGCGUUUAGCUGGUCUGCUAUUGGCAGCAAAGCUAUGUGGGAAGGAUGACCACACUGCUAUUCAGAAGGUCUAUGAUGCGGUAGGACCACAAUUUAUGCACCGCCUCUUACAGACUGGGAUGGGGAAAGGAAAUUCAGGAGGUGGAGGUGAUGAGAACCGAGAUGCAUACUUGCAGUUAUCUAUCGUAGUGUUUUCUGCAUUUUGUAGAGUUCCGGAGAUCGCUGCUUCUGAAAGCAUGGUUUCCAUGUUCCCGCUUAUUGUGGAGGUUACAUCCAGAGAAUCAGUAUCAUCAUCUCUCCUAGAAGAGUGUUAUGAGAUUUUACAUUCAGUGUCUGCUGCUCAUGAAGAAAAAGUUUACUCUGAGUAUGCAAGAGAACUGGCCUCGUUGGUUGCCGUGUUAUCAAAGCAAUUUGCCAUACUACAAAAUGCCCUGAAAUUUGAAGUGCUUAAUCUGCUAUCUUCAAUCAUGUCAAAUAAGUAUUCUGUGCCAGUUCAUGAUGCUCUUCGCUUACUUCCCAAUGAUGCCUGGACAACUAACCUCCGAAUUGGCAUCGUAGAUAUUCUGCAAAACCGAGUUGCACCUUCGUCAAAGUUUCAGGCACUUGUCUUGUCUGAGUGUGUCAUGUCUAUAGUCGGUGAAAGGUGGCUUAUUGGGGAGAUGUGUUUACGUGAUGCUACAUACUCUCUUCCUCCAGAUAGAUGUCUACUGCUGGUUUUGGAGUCAACCCGUGUUGAAAUUGAUGUCAUUUUAAACGAGCUUGGUUAUUUGAAGUAUGAGUCCUCUAAGGACUCUUCAUCAACAGCUGAUAAGAUUCUAGUUAAGCAAAAGAAUCUUGGUGUUGCUUUCUCUUUGUUGGAAAAAGUAAUCAAACUCUUAUCAUCGUUUGCUGAAGCUGAAGAGCCAAACAAGAAUUCCAUCAUUAGCGAGAGUACUUCAAUCAAGAUUAUUUUUGGUCUCAACAAGACAACUGAUGUCAUUCUGGACUUCCUCAAAGAUGCCAAGGUACAUGGGCUGAGGAAGGGAGAUGAUCUUUUGGCAUCAGUGCGAAUAGUUGGAAGUUAUCUAGCAGAGGCUCCUGAUGCAUGCAGAGAAAAAGUGAUGGAGCUUUUAGGUUUCAUGCUCUCAGUAGAAGGGGAAACAGAACUUAGUCCGUUCUACUCCAUUUGCUUCUUGCUUCCAAUGCUAUGUCAAUUAACAGCCGAGACUGAUGGGUGUAAAUUUUUAGCAUCUUCUGGGGAAUUUAGAGUGAUUGUUGGAUGCAUUGUUGAUUUCAUUAAUAAUGGUGACAAGAAUGAGAACGAUGAUUCUAUACUAUUGGCAUGCGAUACCAUUUUAAAUUUUCUUCUAAAGAGAGAGCAAUUUCAGUUCCCAUUGCAUGACCCCAUCUUUGUCAAACUGUUAAGAGUUUUGUCACGUUGGGCAGAGGAUAUGGAUGACUGUCCUAAAAUUUUAAUGGCUUCAAGCAUUUGCUCCCUUAUACUCAGUGCAACAUGUGAGGCGGCUCUUGUUAAUCAUUCAAACUUUGACAGUGGAAAGCUGAUAAGUCUGUCAAAGCUCAUCAAAAGAAGUUUGACUCUGUGCGGGCAGGGUCUGACAUCUGAAGAUACUAAUAGAGAAACAGAUCUUCAUAAGAUCAUUAGUUCUGGAUAUUCACAAUGGGCUGACCGCUUUCCUAGUAUUAAAGAAGCAGUGGAGAGAUUAUCUUUCUAAUGAAGCUUUCAUAGUCUCUCACAUAUGGUAAAGGGGGUCACUCAGCUACUUCAUCAACCCGUAGAUAUUCUUGGUUUGAUGCUUGCAAAUGUGAUGGCCCUUACUUGUCUGUGGAUGAUCGGUAGAUAGUUUGUCUUUUGGGCAUCAGGAAACUAUCUAGCUUUGUUCUGGUUUUGCGCGGGUUGGACCCUGGAGGGCAUGGCUUUGGUUCUGAUUUUUGUUUACCUGUAAGAACCAUAGUUGUAUUAUACGUAGUAAUAAUGUUUUGGUUGGAGGUUGACCUGUUGUCAUACUAGUUUCAGUGAUGUAAGCAAUUAGGCAUUCCAAAAUGAAAUCGUAGUUGUUGUUGUAAGCAUCAUAUAAACAGUAGUUUUUUUUGAACAAUUUUAUCUGCAUUCCCAAUUGAUUUUUAGUUGAAAUU